CUUUUUCUACACCAAUCCCCCCCCCCCUCUCUCUGAACUCCUCCCUUUACACUCCUCUCCGAUUCCUCCAUCCAUGACUCUCAUGACUCCUCCUCCGUUAAAUCAACAAGAAGACGACGAGAUGUUGGUCCCACAAACUGAAUUUGCUGAUGGACCUCAGCCAAUGGAAGUAGCACAAGCCGAAACUGCAACAGCAGUUGAUGCACAGACGGUGGAUGAUCCACCAUCUGCUAGGUUUACAUGGACGAUUGAUAAUUUUUCGAGGCUAAAUGCUAAGAAGCUCUACUCUGAUGUUUUUGUUGUUGGAGGCUACAAGUGGCGGAUAUUGAUUUUUCCAAAGGGUAACAAUGUGGAUCAUUUAUCCAUGUAUCUAGAUGUUGCUGAUUCAGCAACUUUGCCAUAUGGCUGGAGUCGAUAUGCGCAGUUUAGCUUGACUGUUAUCAAUCAACUUCAUCAAAAGUACUCAAUUCGGAAAGACACACAGCACCAGUUCAAUGCACGUGAGAGUGAUUGGGGGUUCACUUCAUUCAUGCCUCUGGGGGAAUUGUAUGACCCUGGGAGAGGGUAUCUUGUAAAUGACACGUGUGUGGUUGAAGCUGAUGUUGCUGUUCGUAAGGUCAUUGAUUACUGGUCACAUGAUUCGAAGAAGGAGACCGGUUAUGUUGGUCUAAAGAACCAAGGAGCUACAUGCUACAUGAACUCUCUCCUUCAGACGCUGUAUCAUAUUCCUUAUUUCAGAAAGGCUGUAUAUCAUAUGCCAACGACUGAGAAUGAUAUCCCAUCAGGGAGCAUUCCUCUGGCUUUGCAGAGUUUGUUUUAUAAACUUCAAUACAGUGACACUAGCGUAGCUACAAAAGAGUUGACAAAGUCUUUUGGCUGGGAUACAUAUGACUCUUUCAUGCAGCAUGAUGUCCAAGAACUUAAUAGGGUUCUGUGUGAAAAGCUUGAAGAUAAAAUGAAGGGAACUGUUGUGGAGGGCACUAUACAACAGCUAUUUGAAGGGCACCAUAUGAAUUAUAUUGAAUGCAUCAAUGUUGACUAUAAGUCAACAAGAAAGGAGUCAUUUUAUGAUCUUCAGCUUGAUGUCAAAGGCUGUCGGGAUGUUUAUGCUUCUUUUGAUAAGUAUGUGGAGGUGGAACGUCUUGAAGGUGACAAUAAAUAUCAUGCUGAACAACAUGGAUUACAGGAUGCUAGAAAGGGUGUCCUAUUCAUUGACUUCCCCCCAGUUCUCCAACUUCAACUUAAAAGGUUCGAGUAUGAUUUUAUGCGGGAUACAAUGGUGAAGAUAAAUGAUCGCUAUGAGUUCCCUUUGCAACUUGAUCUUGAUAGAGAGAAUGGGAAAUAUUUAUCACCAGAGGCUGACCGCAGUGUCCGCAAUCUAUACACCCUUCACAGUGUUUUGGUUCACAGUGGUGGUGUGCAUGGUGGACACUACUAUGCUUAUAUCAGACCAACUCUCUCAGAUCAGUGGUUCAAAUUUGAUGAUGAGCGGGUGACCAAAGAGGAUAUCAAAAGGGCAUUAGAGGAGCAGUAUGGUGGUGAGGAAGAGUUACCACAGACAAAUCCUGGCUUCAACAACUCUCCCUUCAAGUUUACAAAGUACUCAAAUGCUUAUAUGCUUGUGUAUAUUCGUGAAAGUGACAAGGAAAAAAUAAUCUGUAAUGUGGACGAGAAGGACAUUGCAGAGCACCUCAGGAUAAGAUUGAAGAAAGAACAGGAGGAAAAGGAGCAAAAGAGAAAGGAAAAAGCGGAGGCGCACUUGUACACCAUAAUAAAGGUUGCACGCAGUGAGGAUCUACUUGAACAGAUUGGCAAGGAUGUAUAUUUUGAUCUUGUGGAUCAUGACAAAGUACGAAGUUUCCGUAUCCAGAAACAGAUAACCUUCAACCUUUUCAAGGAAGAAGUUGCUAAAGAAUUUGGUGUACCAGUGCAACUUCAACGUUUUUGGCUGUGGGCAAAGCGACAAAAUCAUACAUACCGUCCAAAUCGGCCACUGACUCCUCAGGAGGAAGCACAGUCUGUUGGACAAUUGAGAGAGGUUUCUAAUAAGGCAAAUAACGCGGAGCUAAAGCUGUUUCUGGAAGUAGAAAUUGGACAGGAUUUGCGACCUGUUCCUCCACCUGAGAAGACUAAAGAGGAUAUCCUUCUUUUCUUUAAACUUUAUGAUCCAUCGAAGGAGGAACUCCGGUAUGUAGGGAGGCUGUUCGUAAAGGGUAGCGGCAAGCCGUUGGAGAUCCUGACAAAACUAAAUGAAAUGGCUGGCUUUGCUCCUGACCAGGAGAUUGAACUUUACGAGGAAAUAAAGUUUGAACCUAAUGUCAUGUGUGAACACAUUGACAAGAGGCUCACUUUUCGUUCUAGUCAGCUUGAAGAUGGAGAUAUUGUUUGCUAUCAGAAACCCCCUCCAAUGGGAAGUGACGAACAGUGCCGUUACCCUGAUGUGCCUUCCUUCCUUGAGUACAUGCACAAUCGCCAGGUCGUUCGUUUUCGAUCUUUGGAGAAAUCGAAAGAGGAUGAAUUCUGUCUUGAGCUUUCAAAGCUCCACACUUAUGAUGAUGUUGCGGAAAGAGUAGCUCACCAUCUUGGCUUGGAUGACCCAUCCAAAAUUAGGCUUACAUCUCAUAACUGUUACUCCCAGCAACCUAAACCCCAGCCCAUCAAGUUCCGAGGAGUGGAUCAUUUGUCUGACAUGCUGGUGCACUACAAUCAGACAUCUGAUAUUCUAUACUAUGAAGUAUUAGACAUCCCUCUACCAGAAUUGCAAGGCCUUAAAACAUUAAAAGUUGCUUUUCAUCAUGCUACUAAGGAUGAGGUAGUGAUUCAUACCAUUAGACUGCCAAAACAGAGCACUGUAGGUGAUGUCAUUAGUGACCUUAAGGCAAAGGUGGAGCUGUCUCAUCCUAGUGCUGAACUUAGAUUGCUUGAGGUUUUCUAUCACAAGAUCUACAAGAUCUUUCCACACAAUGAAAAAAUUGAGAACAUUAAUGAUCAAUACUGGACACUACGUGCAGAGGAGGUUCCUGAAGAAGAGAAAAACCUUGCUCCUCACGAUCGCUUGAUUCAUGUCUAUCAUUUCAUGAAAGACACAACUCAAAACCAGGUGCAGGUUCAGAAUUUUGGAGAACCAUUUUUCCUGGUCAUUCACGAGGGUGAGACUUUGACUGAAGUCAAAAUGCGCAUACAGAAAAAAUUGCAGGUUCCCGAUGAAGAAUUUUCAAAGUGGAAGUUUGCUUUUUUGUCUCUAGGUCGCCCUGAGUACCUUCAAGAUUCAGACAUCGUGUCCAGCCGUUUUCAGAGAAGGGAUGUUUAUGGUGCUUGGGAGCAGUAUCUUGGAUUGGAGCAUUCUGACAAUGCUCCUAAAAGGUCAUAUGCUGCUAAUCAGAAUCGUCAUACAUUUGAGAAGCCGGUAAAAAUCUACAACUAGGAAGCAAUGAGGAAGCGAAACUAGUGCAUCAGCUGAAUCAAAGACCGUGAUUCCCCUACAAACUGUUGCAAAAUGGACCGAGGAAGAAACAAGCUUGCAACCAGAGCAAAAUAGUGGUUUUGAUAGAUGUGUAAUUCUUUCAUGUAGGGAGAGGGUGAACUCAUGGCAUAAAAACAUGUUCCCUCAAUAGUUUUGACCUCUCUCUCUCUCUCUCUCUCUCUCUCUCUCGUCUUUCGGUGAAGUAGAUGACAUUUGAUCCUUAAAAUCCCAUUGUAAUCUAGUACAUAAGAUUUUGUUGUGGGGGAUGUAUAGGGGGUAUAGGUGUGUGUUUUUAAAUUAUUUUGUCUUUCCUUUGGCAAGCAUCCUUCUGUGGAUUUCCCUAGAUGUAUUAGAGAAUCAUUAGAGCCUCCUUGAGGCGCAUGUAUAAUGUGCUGUUUGUCUGCUUGUUCUGUGCUUCUCUGAAGCUGUGCAAAUGAAACGAACGCCGUAUCUCUUCGAGUCCA